ACAAAGGAGAAGGGGUAGACCACGAAUGGAGUGGGAAAUAACCUGCGUUGCAACGUCUGUGGGAGUCGUGCCGCUACUUCCGAGGAAAUAGCAUCUAAAAGAAAAUCUUGUGGCAGUCAAGCACUUUUGUCAAGAUGGCAAGACCAAUUCUCAGCAGGCCGCGUACGCGAGUCUACGGUUGCAACUACGAUAAAGGAGAAUCGUAUUAUAAACCGAUGGUUGAUCACCUAGACCGGAAGUACAGCGGACGUCCACUCUUCCCUGAACCCAGAACUUCGUUAGCCGACGAGAUCGCGGCCAGCCGAAACGACAUCGGCUCGCGUGACCUCUCUGGUCCUCGGUCCAAUCCCUUCAGCCGUGACCUUGACCUCGAGAUAGACCCUCUGAUCCGUAAUCCACAGUUACCGCUCUCCUCCAGCGACCCCCUGUUCCCUGAGAAUGAGGAGAUCGUCUACGACAGCCGUGGGCAACGCAGUCGGCGUCGACUUGCUGAAAAUUUCGUCAACGACGUAACCGCGACCACACAACAUCUCAAAGCGAAAUUAGCUACAAUCGGCCUCGACGAAGAAGUGGAAUCCGCGCUGGGAAAACCGUUGCGACGUUUGCGCCAGGACCAGGACAUCCUGGACAACGGCAUGUUCGCAAAGAGAGACCUGAAGUCAGAGAUGAAAUCGGCGAUCGAAGACGCGGAGGCUAACUUCAAAAGGCGUUCCAAGAUUCUCGAGGAUGUCGAUCUCGCGGUCGAGACUAAGCCAGCACUGCUGAAGUGGUCGAAGUUGAGCAACGAGGACGACACGCUGGCCAGCGCAGCUGCGACCAGAGCCAAAAUCACCAAGGCUCGCCUGAACGAUUUGGAGUCCGAGAUGGAGGAGCUUUCGGAGAGACAAGCGAAAAGAGAGCGCAGAGCCGCAGCGCUUAGGGCAAUGAUCAACGAAACCGCCGCCGAAAACGAAAGUCUUCAGCAGCAAUCUUCUAUCCUUAGUAAGAAGGUCGCAAUUCGCGAACGUUCGGAAAAACACGUCGCCUUUUAAACAUCCUCGCAAUGCUUGACAAAUACUUUGCUAAUGUUAUUGAUACUUCAUGGAAACCUCUUUGAAUCUGUUCGUGGAAGUUACACUGCAUCACGGAGAAGGUGAGUAAUGAAGGUUGUGUGCCUUCAAUCAAAAGCUCCAAUGAAUCAAACAUGCAUCGAAACUUACGCUUAUGUCACAGCCAGGGACUGAAGAUAAUUGUCUCGGUACCUUCGCGGUAGAAAGUUUGUCACAUACAGGUUCACGAGUCCCUUCAUAAACACACGAGAGAGUGUUUUGCAGGAAACAAAAUUUCUAGAUACGUCUGUACAUGUAGGCUACAAAAACAAAUACUAACAAGAACGAGCGAACGCGAGAAUAAGCAAUCUGGCAUUUCAGACUAGGAGGAUGGUGGUAUAUGCAACGUUUGUUCUUGUCGAGGUUUAGCAGCCGCAGAGAUACCGAUCGACAAUGUUAUACGUAUACGAUAUAACAAUUAUCAUAAAUUGUAAUAUCGUAUUAAUAUAUUACCAUAAUAAUAGUAUUACCAAUUGGUAUAUUAGUAUAUGACCAUCGUACAGUAUAUUACCAUAAACGUGCUGUUAAUUAUUUUUACUUCGGUUUCAUAGCAAUUCUGGUAUUGCACAUUAGUUUCGGUAUUUGAUAAUGUAACACGUCGAUCAUAAAAGUAUGUUAGUACUAAAUCUAUGGCUAAAAAUACUUUCGAUAUUAUAAUGAAGUAAGGAAACCAAUUUCUAUACAGGUAUUUACAAUAGCGAUGUGACGAUAUACCGGUAUUAUCGGAUUUAGAUUUCUAUAAGCGUUUUGAAGGUACAACCGAAAAAUACAGGUGUAACACCGGCAUAGUACCGGUAUUUCACAUUUUGAUAGAAAUAUCUAGUCACAGCUUUGAUAAAUAUAUGAGUGUUGUCAGCGAUUCUUAUUGAUAGUUGUCCACUGUGAUGGAAGCAUAAGCUAUGACGGCAGUGUCAUGUCCAAAUAAUAUUUGGAUUUAUGAAAUUUACCGGAAGAGUUAACUUUGGUUCGUUAUUAUGAUAAAACACGUAAAAGAAUUUCUAGGACUUGAUGCAACCCAACCUUCGUUACUGAUAUCAAUCAUUCGAAGUAAAAAUAUUAAAGAUAUGAAAAAUCAGUAAUUCAAAGUUUCGAAAUUCAUUGAUGCAACUUCCACUGGGGUUAGUGUCGAAGUAAUGGUUUCAGUAGUAUCUGGUUUGUGUAAAGUAACAAUAAUAUUCAACAGAAUCAACAAAUCGGUAUUUUCUGUCCGGUAUUGUAUCUAGCUUGCACGUUUAUAAACGAUGAUCCAUAAAAAUCCGAGAUUUCAUUCGACUUAUCUUGAUGUUUCGAGAAGUUCAUGUUAUUUAAGUGAUGAUUCAAUAUUUCUACAUUAUAUAAUAUCAAUAUCCGAUCAUUGAAUUUUUUAUCAUCAACAAUCGAUAUCUGUUGUCAGAAGCAAAUAGUUAGGAUGUGAGCAUGAUGACACAAAUAUUUGUAUAAGAUUGUUUCAUGUAACGGAAAUACAUCAGUAAUGUGAUACAAAAAUCUGAUUUCACACGAUUGUUGCUCAUUUUAUACCCAGAAGAGCUUGAAUACAAUUCCUAGUCGUAUACAUACACUGUGCGCUAUUAAAAUAUGAGUAUUAUUAAAACAGAAACAAAUAUAAAUAUUUAAUUAAUUGCAUAUUUAUUAUUCAGGAUGGUCGUUGCGUUUAAUCGCCGUAGACGUAUGACUUAAUUAGGAGUCUCUUCUCACAACGUAAUAUGUUUCGAGCAGAAUUGAAGGAUCUGCUUCGUUUUAUUCAAACUAUAGUCCUCCGCGACGUUCGUAGACAAUUUGUACACAUAUGAAACUAGAGUACCAGAUCAGAAAAACACAAAAUUCGACAGUUUUACGGAUGUAAAACGGAUGUAUAUGUUUUGUAUUUACAUAGUUCUGCAAACAGUUCCUAAUCUAUAAAAGAUACAAAAUGUAAAUUCCAUUUAAUACAUCGUUAAGUCCAUAUAUACAUACUUUUUUCAGUGAUUAUGUGUCAAAUAAAUAUGUAUACAUAUAUAUACUAAUUACAUUAAAGUUACAUAGACAAUUA